CAAGCAUAUGGGAGGAGUGGAUCUCUUAGACUCUCUGAUCUCCCUCUACCGCGCCCAUCUCCGAUCGAAGAAAUGGUACUUUCGUAUUUUUCUUCAUAUUCUCGACUUGACGGCUGUAAAUGCCUGGCUGCUGUACAGGAGGAGUGCCGAGACUACUUCCGAUCAACCAACACGAAAGCUCAUGCCAUUAGCAGAGUUCAAGGUGGACCUCGCCACGUCACUCUGCAAAGCAGGAAAAAAUCAACUGAAGAAAAGGGGAAGGCCCAGCAAUGAGUCCGUGGAGCAAGGCAUCCAGCUGAAGAAGACAAGAGGUCCUUCAGCACCGUGUCCACCUCAAGAUGUCAGGAUUGAUCAGGUUGGCCACUGGGUGCUUUGGAGUCAGAAGCGACAGCGUUGCAAGUUUCCUGGAUGCAAGGGCAUUUGUAUGAGCUACUGCUCUAAGUGUGGCACUCACCUGUGCUCAACAAGCAAGAAUAACUGCUUUCUUUUGUAUCACACAGGCAAAUGA